AUGGCGGCUUCGGCAGUGAGGGCUACUGUAGCCCUGCGUACCAACAUUGGACGAUCCAUUGCUUUUGUCAGAAAAAUUCCCUGGACCGCAUCAUCGAGUGAGCUGAGAGAACACUUUGCACAGUUUGGCCAUGUACGAAGGUGUACUCUACCUUUUGACAAAGACACUGGCUUUCAUAGAGGUAUGGGCUGGAUUGUGUUUUCUUCAGAAGAAGCGCUUCAAAAUGCACUACAACAGGAAAAUCAUAUUAUUGAUGGAGUAAAGCUCCAUGUUCAAGCUCAAAGACCAAAAGGUUUGCAAGUGGAUCAAACAUCUGAUGAAGAGAAAGAUUUCUGA